AUCCCAAAAAUGGCGUAUCGGAAACCCAAUGAUUUGGAUGGUUUUAUACAGCUAAUGCCAAAGGCAGAUAUGCGUGUGAAAGGACAACUGGCCGAAGAUCUCGUCACAUUCCUGAGCGAUGAUACAAAUUCUAUUGUUUGCAUGGACAUGGGCCUUUUGGUCGAUGGUCUUAUGCCGUGGUUAACAGGAAGUCAUUUCAAAAUUGCACAAAAAUCUCUGGAAGCUUUUACAGAGCUCAUAAAGCGGCUGGGUCCAGACUUCAACGCGUAUACAUCAACGGUAUUGCCACAUGUAAUAGAUCGCCUGGGCGAUAGCAAAGAUACCGUUCGUGAAAAGGCGCAGCUGCUGUUGCAGACUUUAAUGGAGCAUAAAGUUCUCACGCCACAGGUUUUGUUGGACAAGUUGGCAGCUAGUUGCUUUAAGCACAAAAAUGCCAAAGUACGUGAAGAGUUUCUACAGACUAUUGUUAACACGCUUAGUGUCUACGGAACGUCACAACUGAGUGUACGCAAUUACAUUCAAUCCAUUUGCAUCCUGCUAGGAGAUCCCACAGUAUCUGUGCGCGACUCAGCCAUACAAACUUUAGUUGAGAUCUAUAAGCACGUCGGUGACCGCUUAAGACCCGAUCUGAGGCGCAGAGAUGAUUUGCCUGCCUCGAAAUUGGCUAUACUUGAGCAGAAAUUCGAUCAAAUCAAGAACGAUGGCCUGCUAUUAAAGUCAGCGCUUCUCUCCACACAGACUCACAUAAACAACAACGGCCACGAUGAGGCAGACAAUAUUGCAGCCCGCGACAGACCUACAAAGAUUGUAAAGCGAACUGUCUCAGCCACAAUGCGAAGCAAGAAUAACAUUGCGGCGGAUAGUGCGGCAGAUGCCGGUGCCGUAACAAUGGAAAUAUUUGAGGCGUCUUUUGAAGCCGUGCCCCAUUUAAACAUCUUUCAUCCAAAGGACAUGGAUGACAUUUAUAGAAAUGUACUGACCAUUAUAAGUGACAAGAAUACCGAUUGGGAUAAACGAGUUGAUGCCCUCAAGAAAAUACGUUCCCUGCUCCUUCUGAACAUACACUCUCAACCACAAUUUGUAACAGUUCAGUUGAAGGAGUUGUCGAUAUCAUUCCUAGACAUACUGAAGGAGGAAUUACGGUCGCAGGUUAUUCGAGAGGCUUGCAUUACCAUUGCAUACAUGUCGAAGGUAUUGCAACAGAAAUUGGACAAGUUUUGCGAGUACAUCAUGGAACAGCUAAUACUACUGAUACAAAAUUCGGCUAAAGUCAUUGCGUCUGCUUCGACGUUGGCCGUGAAGUACAUUAUCAAAUACACACAUGCACCAAAAUUGGUUAAAAUAAUCUCAGACAUGUUGCAGACGUCCAAGUCUAAAGAUAUUCGUGCUGCACUGUGCGAAAUAAUCUGUCUGUUGUGCGAAGAAUGGCCAACGAAAGCCAUUGAAAAGAGUGCUCCGUUGCUGCGAGACACCCUGAAGAAAUCAAUUUCCGAUGCUGACAGCGAAGCGCGACGGCAUUCAAGACGUGCUUACUGGGUAUACAGGCGACAUUUUCCCGAUUUGGCCGACCAAAUAUAUGGCACCCUUGACAUAGCAGCACAAAAGGCUUUAGAGAGAGAAAGAGAUGGCGCAGGCAGUGGCACAAAUAGCGGCGGAACUGAUGAACGCCGAGCAACAGUAGCAACUGCUCGCAUUCAACGCUCCCCGGGUUCAAUACAAAAACCAACGCCUGGAAUGCGCAGUAUAUCAGCUGUGGAUACGGCAGCAGCAAAUCGAGCCAAGGCAAGAGCUCAAUAUGCGUUUCUAGCCCGAAAGAAGGCAGCGAAUACCGCAACCACGGCAAAUUCCACGCCUAGUAGUGCAACAGGAUCUCUACCACGCUCAAGACUGGGAACUACAACACAACAACAAAGUACUCAACAACCGGCGACAACAAAUAACAGCAGUGUUUCUCCCAGAGUUCGUGGUCGAGCUGGUGUCUCACAGUCACAACCCGGUUCCAGGUCAACAUCUCCAAGUUCCAAAUUGCGAGAGCAACAUGGUAUUAGUUCGUAUUAUAGGCCUACUGGUACCAUACCGAAGAAGGCUUCUGGGAUUCCCAGAUCACUGGCCAGUUCCCGAGAGACAAGUCCCACAAGGGGCGGAGGUGGCAUGCUUAUGAAACGCAGCAUGUACACCACUGGCAAUUCACGUCGGACGCCAGAACGCAAUCAACCAACACGCCAAUUAGCAGCAGCUCGAUUACUCCAACAGAGCCGGGAUGCCGAAAACGCGCUGGCUGACGCUUUGUCUCCCGACGGCAGUGGUGGAGAUUACGCUUCCAUAGGCGACUACAGCCGUGACCGUAGCGGAGGCUACUCUGCAGGUGCUCGGCUCAGCAGGAAACUAAUGAACCGUGAUGAAUCAGAUGAUUCAGAAGCGUCGUCAGUUUGUUCGGAAAGGUCGUUUGACUCGUCGUACACACGGGGUAACAACUCAAAUUAUUCCCUUUCUGGGUCAAGAAAUCGCUUAGAUUGGAGUUUCCUCAGGCCCCCAUUCGAAGAUAUAGAUACAAUUAUUCAGUACUGUGCUUCGACACACUGGUCCGAGCGUAAAGAUGGUCUCAUCAGCCUGACGCAUUAUUUGGCCGAUGGCAAGGAACUCACACCGCAGCAACUGCAACUGGUCUUGGAUACGUUCCGUAAGAUGUUCAUGGAUACGCACACCAAAGUAUACUCGCUUUUCCUGGAAACAGUGACGGAACUGAUACUGGCCUACUCAAAUGACCUGCACGAUUGGUUGUUUAUCUUAUUGACUCGCCUCUUCAAUAAAUUGGGUACCGAAUUAUUGAACUCGAUGCACGGUAAAAUCUGGAAGACAUUGCAGGUGGUUCAUGAGUAUUUCCCAACAGAUCUCCAAAUGAAAGACGUCUUCCGUAUACUGUCUGACACGGCCCAGACUCCUUGUACUAAAACUCGGAUUGCAAUUUUGAAAUUUCUGACCAGUCUGGCAAAUACCUACUGCAAAAACACCGACUUUCCGGGCUCAGAGGAUGGCACUGUGCUGCCAAUCGUUGAAAAAGCCCUGUUGAAGAUCGUUCAAAUGGCUGGCGACCAAAAAAGCCUCGAACUAAGGAACCAAGCUCGCCAUUGCUUGAUUGCGUUGUACAAUCUGAACACGCCGCAAAUGACUAAGGUGUUGUCAACCCUACCUAAAGCGUACCAGGACUCGGCCAAGGUGUGCAUUCAGACGCACCUACGGCGCAGUAGUACAUCGGGCACAAAUUCUCCCUCGUCUUCGCCCCUAUCGAGCUCAAGUCCGAAGCCAUUACAAAGUCCCAAUGUGAGUGGGCCAUUUUCCUCACUGCAGCCACAAUUUACUAGUCCCAGAUCGCGGCAGUCUUCUGUCACCGACAAUGACCUGUUGGGCUAUUCAGAAGUCGAUGUCCAGCAAAAUAUCCAAAAAACGACAGAGGAAAUUCGAAAUUGCUUCGGUGGCUUUGACACACAAUACAACUCACUGGCUAACAAUUCCAACGGCGGAGCUGGCUACAACGGUCACACAAGCGAGGCAAUUGACUCCUGUGCGUCGUCAAACUCCAAGACUCAAUCGGCCACCACAACCGAAUCAAAUACUCCGGAAAGCACCACAAUGCGUCUGGACGGAAAUCUUCUGGAACAACAUCACAAAAUGACAACUAGUGCACUAGGUUCUGCUUUAGCCCAAACUAAUUCUUCGUCUUCGAAAGACUACGUCUAUUUUAAUUUCGCCGAAAAUGGUGAAAUAAUUCUGCUGAACGGAGUUCAAGAGAGCGAAGUAAUAAAGGUAGCCCUUAGUCUCACCCCCGACAUGCCAGCUCAACAUGUUCAAUCGUCGUUGUACAACCUGUCAGUCUGCAUCAAAGGCGGCAAUUGCGAAUUACCGAACAAACACUUCCGGGCUAUUAUGAAGAUGCUGCUGAAUAUGUUGGAUGCCACGUCCAACGAAGUCGUCGCGGAGGCCCUGCACGUUCUCAGCAAGAUCCUGCGCCGUCCUCAAAUGAAGCCAAACUGGAUCAACUUCGUUGAGCUGAUUCUCCUUAAGAUUAUUAACUGUUAUCCCAAGAGCAAGGAGACUAUGCGCGAGCUGGACAUGAUAAUACCACGAAUUGUACCAGCACUUCCACUCAACCUAACCAUAAACAUCGUGAAUCCUGUGAUUGCCACAGGUACGUAUCCAGUGAAUCUGUGUGCCUUGAAAUUGCUUACCGAGUUGGCAGAUCGCCACGGAUCCGAGUUGACAGAAACCCAACUGGAAAUGGUGUUUCCACAUUUGGCCCGACUCACCGACGAUUAUCAAUCAAUGGUACGCAAAGCAGCCGUAUUUUGCAUCGUCAAAUUGUACAUUGUAAUGGGUGAGGAGAAAGUGAAGCCAAAGUUAAACAUGCUUAACCCAAGUAAGGUUCGUCUACUCAACGUCUACAUAGAGAAGCAACGCGGUAUAACUAGCGGUGGCGGCAGUUCCACUAAGAAUUCGUCAGCAUCCUCUUCAUGAUUGCCGCGCGCCCUUCCCCAACAACAGCAAAUGGAAAUAGGCGACGUUAGAUACUAAGUCGUGGUAUAUAUUCUAGGUAGAAAAAGUAA